CGACACAAUAUCUAAAGAGAAAGGAAUCAGAAUCAAAACAAUUCGAUCAAAAGUCUUAACAUUCACGCCCAAAUCAGCGAGCAAGAGAUCAAAAAUGGAAGGAUGGGAUCCGAGCACCAAAUCGACCCUAACGAGAAUCCCUCUCCUGACGACAAAGGCGGGGCCAAGAGACGGCGAUGCAUGGAAACAGAGGCUGAAAGAAGAGUACAAAUCUCUGAUCGUAUACACACAGAUGAACAAGUCCAACGACAACGACUGGUUCCGCAUCUCCGCCUCCAAUCCCGAAGGUACGCGUUGGACUGGCAAGUGUUGGUACGUUCACAACCUCCUCAAGUACGAGUUCGAUCUCCAAUUCGAUAUCCCUGUUACCUACCCCGCCACUGCUCCCGAGCUUGAGUUGCCUGAGAUUGACGGCAAAACUCAAAAGAUGUAUCGAGGUGGGAAGAUUUGUUUGACUGUGCAUUUCAAGCCGCUCUGGGCUAAAAACUGCCCUAGGUUUGGUAUAGCACAUGCACUUUGUUUGGGGCUCGCUCCAUGGCUUGCUGCAGAGAUUCCAAUUCUUGUGGACUCGGGUAUGAUUAAGCACAAAGAUGACGCAGCCUCAUCUGCCGAAUCUUAGUCUAUUUUAACCUUUCUUAUCAAACUCAGAAUUGAGGUGUUUAUCAUUAAUAGCUGUAUUCAGAAAUGAUUUAAGCUAUUGCAAUGUUUUUUUCUUGAAAUACUUUUUACAACUUGAGAAUGUAUGAUGUUCUUUCUUGCUUUGGAACUGGUUCGUUCAAGCCAAGGUGUGAAUAUUUUAUUACGAAUCUUUGUAUGGGAGUUGCUUCUUUGUUU